AUGAAGCUACUUGGGAUGCUGAUGUUGGAGACGCUGGAACCGCAUCUUGUGGAGGAGAUUGGCUCAUCUUUCAAUCAGAUGAAUGAGGUUUAUGUUAGCAUAUGCGAAUGUAGUGCGGGUUUAGCAUCACUACAUCGCCGGAAAUCCAGGGUUGACAAACACUGCAUUGAUUUCGGUAUGACUGUGUCGAAUGACGAACACCUUAGCUCCUAUGUUAGUGCAAGGGUUCGUGCUUGUGUUACCUUAAGUUUCGGCACAUCUGUUGCCCACGGUUCAGGGAAAGUUGCCGACUUACUAAACCUUCUUCGCUUAUUGGCCUUGAGAAUCUUCAGUCUAUGUGAGUCAUUAACCAGUGCACUGAAGAAAACCAUCGCGAAAGAGUCCUGCGACUUAUCAGCGUUUAAUAAUAUCGUUGAAGCUUUAACGGAAAUGACUGAAAGCAUGGUGGAUGAGAUCGAUCUUGAUGAAAAGUACGGCAGUGGCAAAGAAAAUGCCUCUGUGACAGUAAUUGACGUCGCCUUAGUUGUAGGCGGAGGGAGUGCAUCACGAAAAGUGCCAGUGCUUGUAAAAAGCAUACUUUAUCAUCGUCUUUUCAAGCGGCACUGCAGUGAUUAUGGACUUGUGAAGCUUGUUAUAUCGGAUAUACUACCCUGCGAGAUUAAAAGAGUUAUUUUAUUGGACCUGGAUACAUUAGUAGAAGGCAAUCUUAUCAGCCUCUGGAAAUCGGCCAGAACAUUCGAAAAGGAAGAGAUAAUUGGUCUCAUUGAGAACCAAAGUGACUGGUACCUUAAGGGGCAUGGUACUACUUCCUGGCCGGCCUUGGGUCGAGGAUAUAAUACAGGAGUAGUGCUAAUGGAUUUGCAAAAGAUGCGAGGAGUCGGUUGGAAUUGGCAUUGGAAAAGUGUGGCGCAAAAAUUGCUGAAAAAUAUGUCUUACACAUCCUUGGCUGACCAGUCACCUACAAAGACCAAAGAGGAUAAGCAGAAUCGUCAACGAGGCACAGUGAAAGCGUGUUCACUUCUCCAUAUGGAAAUGCAACUCCAAAGACGUGUGUUUCCCUACUUUUACGGGCUUAGUUCAAACACCACUGCAAAUGUGACACUAGUGAGCCAGUUCACAAUGGAUAGACUUCAUCGCCUCGAAGAAAUUGCGGCUAAUUGGGACGGUCCAAUGAGUCUGGCUGUUUACAUCACCGAUAGAGAAGUAGAAAUAAUAAGGGAGUACCUUGAUUCUUCGGUGUUUUUUACUUCACGAGAAAAUAUUGACAUACACUUGGUAUUUCAGGAGGGCAGCUAUUAUCCAAUAAAUGCGCUUCGAAAUACGGCCAUAAAAUACGCUAACACAGCGUAUAUUUUCAUUGUUGACUUUGACUUCGUUCCGAAACCUCAUCUCCGCACCUACUUCCAACGCACACUAGCAUCUGCGAACAAAAUAGAGAGAGUGGCCUACAUCGUCCCCGCGUUUGAAACCUUCUACACGCAGCUUGCAUUUCCCACCACGAAGUGGCGCUUACUCCAGACCGUCGCAUCCGGGGUGGUAAAGCCCUUUCGAAUCGAUGUCUGGCAAGCUGGACACCUUGCCACGAAUUAUUCCCACUGGUACAAAACAGAAAUGCCCUAUGAGGUUAAGUGGGACGCCGACUUUGAACCAUACGUACUAAUUAGGCGCGGACAUGGACAGUUUGAUGAGCACUUCGUUGGCUUCGGCUGGAACAAAGUGUCCUUCUUCAUGCUUUUGGAUGCCCUUGAUUUCAAGUUUGUGGUUCUUCCAAAUGCCUUCAUAAUACACUUCCCUCACGCACCGAGUGUAGAAUCAAAUCGGUUUCGUCAUUCACUUAUUCUUCGACAGUGUUUGGAGGAGUUUAAAGUCAAUUACGUAAAGGAUCUUGCCGUGCGUUUUGGAGUAAAAUCACUAAAAUAUCUUCGAUUUCGUCACAGGACAAUCGGAAUAUAG